AUGAGUGAACCAAAGACAUUUCACAAACCUCCAAAACCUCCACAUCCAUUUCCAAAGCUCCAGAGAACUUUACAGAGCAUCCCUGUUUUACAAAGAGCCUGGACUUUCUAUACAAGUUUACCAACAAAGACAAGAUUAUAUAUUGCAGGUUCAACAUUUACCGUUGCAUUGGGUUGUGACUAUUGGUUAAAGACUAGCUAUGCUGAAGAAAAACUACAUGAAGAAGCUAAAAGAUUGGUUAAUGAAGAAUCAAAUGUUGCUAAACAAGCAGAGCCAAACGUAACUUAA